CGAUUUUUGCCAUCAAGAUGCACACGGCGUGGCUCCUCCUGACCUUCCCGCAAGCCCUCCGUGGAGCGAGAAUGCGCUCAUUCGCACGCCCCCUCGCGGCUGGAGUCCGUACGCGGCUGGAGCCCGUGUACGCGAGCGCCACAGCCAGUGGCGACGACCCGCCGCCCGAGUCUCUCUCCCUUCGGGUGCCCUCUCCAGCACUGCUGCUCAAUCACAUGGCCGACCGAUACGGUUCGACAAGCAGAAUCCUUAUGGAGUUUGUCGACAACUCGCUCGACGACGCAGAGUCGCUGUAUGAGCCGGCCAAAGGCGCGUACAGGCGGGAGGUCCGAGUGGACGUCUUUGUUUCGCGGCGCGGUCGGCGGCUGCGGAUCGUGGACAACAGCCGCGGCAUGCCGCCAGAGACGCUGGCGCGGGUGGUGAUGCGCGUUGGGGAGUCCCGCAAGCGUGGCGCGUCCUUCGUGAAUGGCCAGUUUGGGUUUGGCAUGCAGUCCUUCCGUGCCGCCUGCUCGUCGCUCACGGUGCGCUCCGCGGCGGCCGACCGCGCGCAUCAAAUCCGGGUGGAGCGGUCUCAGAGCGACGGCUUCCUUCUCGAGCCUCUGGCGCCGACCGCGCCUGAGGCGGCCGCUCUCUGCGGCGGCAGCGGGACAGAGGUGCUGCUGCAGGGCUUCGACGCGCAGUGGGUCGACGAGUCCUUCACCGCCGCCGCCGUCGCCCGCGAGGAGUCUCUCCACUUUGAGCGGUUUCGGCGCGGCCGAAGUGCACAAUCAGACGAAGCAAAGAACGAACUAGGUGGAGUCGCACUUUGAGCGGCUGCUCGACCGCGCCAACCUGCGCGUGACUGUGUGGGACGAGGACGCGCCCGGGC